UAAUAAGUGAAAGGCAAAAAUGAGGCUGGCUGAGGCAUAUAUCCUUGUGGUUGUGAUUUUGGUAACAUCAGCUGAUGGGAAACCAAGGAGACAAAAGAGACAAAGUUCAUGUGAUAUUCCCCCAACUGGAACUGCAUGUAAUAGACGCAAUCCAUGUCCAAACACAUACAAGUGUCAUAGGAAAACUAAAGAGUGUUACAAAGAUGAGAGUUUCCCACCAGAGGGAUGUAUUACAUAUAUCGAUGAAUCAACAUGUGCUCCAUUUAAAUGUGGCAGCGGAAAAGAAUGUAAUGACAGUUACAUUUGUAUCUCACAACCUAGGGGUACUUUCUCUGUUUGCUGCAAUGAUUCUGUCUGCUAUGAUCGGUCAGGGAAACUUCAUAGAAAAUAUGAAGGGGAAUGGACAGAGUCAGACGGUUGCACUGUAUGCACUUGUGAAUCAAACAACAAUACUAAAUGUAAUAGCUCCAAAUGUGAAAUGCAAUGUGGUAAUUUCUCUGCAUUUUCCCCAUGCCCUAUGUCCUCUGGUAUGAAGCCAUGUGGUAAAAAGAUCCAGAUAAGAAAAUGCCAACAUUUUGAAGGUGAUAUAACAUCACAACGUAAUGCUGAACUGAACGUGGUAAUAUGUCACCCUCAGCCCCCUGCCCAAUGCCCACAACCAGGAGUUGCUUUAACAGAAAAAAUCAUGGACUUUGGCAUUGAUGUAAUUGGAGGAGAUGAGGUAUAUCCAAUGUUU